AUGAAUAGUAUGACAUUAUAUCAUGAAAAUUUUAAGAACAUUAAUUCAUUUUUAAAUUCUGCUUCAGUCAUAUGGAUUGAAAAAGAAAAACUUGAUUCAAUUAUUUAUAUCCCUCUAUAUACGGAUAUAUUUCAAUAUAUAGAAAAUUUCAUAGAACAGCCAGAGAAAAAAGAAAACAAAAAUGUGCUCACUAAAAUUUAUUUGCUUUUUGAUGAUGAUACCUAUAAUAUAGCAGUGGACAUAUCGCCCCUGUGUAAUGAGCAGAUUAAUAAAAUACCACUUUUAAUUUAUAAGUCCUAUUAUUUUUGGCACUUACAAUUUUUUUUUGAAAAAUUCAAGAUUAAAAGACAAAAGUUAAUUUUGAAUCCUUUAGAGAAUUUAAAAGAUAUCAUAAAUAAAAAUCGAACAUAUGAUUAUGUAUAUAUGUAUAGAUCUAUUUACAGUUGUGCGAAUAAUAAUUUCGAAAGACACAGUAAAAAUGAAAGAAUCUUAAAAAAUCAUAAUAAAGAAAUAAAACAAGAGAUAAAUCAAAAUGUCACUAAAAAAUAUUUCCCCUAUAAGGAUAAUUCUUCUUUACAUUUAUCUUUACAAAAUAAUAAUAUUAAGAAGAAUAAUAAAUUAUAUAAUGAUAUUAAUAUGAACAAUAAGGAACCCAAUUGGUGUCCAUUAACAGUUAACAUUGAAAAUAUGCAAAAGAAGUUUAAAAAAACAAAUGAAAAUAAUAAACAUAAAAAUAGUAAAAUAUUAAAUAAUGCCAAUAUGAUGACUCACUUAUUAAAUUCAUAUGGUAUGCCACCUAAUCAUUUUAAAAAGGACAAUAAUAAAAAUAACAAUUUAAAUAAUAUAUCACAAAAUGAAGAAAAGAUUCAUUAUGAAUCAUAUAACAAAGAAUUAACAAAAAUAAAACCUUCAUUGUGUGAUGAUUAUGAAAUACUUAGUACUGAUAAUGAUUCUACUUCAAUUAAAGUUGAUAAAAAACAUCAACAUUAUAAUAUACCUCAUGUUUCUCAUAUGUGUUAUACUACUAAUAGGUGUGGUAGAUCCCCCAAAUGUGAGGGUUCUAAAAAAAGUUAUCCUCCGAAUAAUUCUAGGGUGUAUAAUAGACCUCAUUUAAAAAAAAGAAGAGAAAAAAAAAAAAAGUGGUAUUAUUAUGACGAUAGUAGUAGUAACGAUAACAAUAAUAAUAAUAAUAUAAAUGAUGAUAAUAAUGAUUGUGAUAAUAAUGUUUAUGAUGAGGAGGAGAGUACUGAAGAAGAGGAGGACAAUAAUGAUGAUGAAAAUGAUAAUAAUAAUAAUAAUAAUAAUAAUAAUAUGUAUAAAUAUGAUAGUCUUUCUACCCUCGAUGAAUCAUAUAAGAAUAAAAAAAGAAAAACAAAUACGUAUAAUUCUUAUAGUUAUAAUAAUACGAAGAAGCACAAAGUGGAAGAUCCUAUGAACGUGUGCUAUAAUAUUUCAAAUGAUAAUCAAAAUAUUAUUGAAAAAAAAAAAGAGGAAAAUUUAGAAUAUGAUAAUAUAUCUUAUAAUAAUCCAGGAUGUAUACAAAAUAUUAAUAAUCAUCAAUUAAAAAAUGAGUGUGAAAAAAAAAUGGAAAUAUUAGAAAUGGAUGAAUGUAAUUAUAAUGACAAUUAUAUUGAUAAUAACAAUAAUAAUAGUAAUAUUAAUGAAAUGUACAGCUAUAACGGCUCUGAACAAAUGUGUAAUAAAUUGAAAAAAGAACCUAUUCAUACUUAUGACACAAUCAAAAAUAAAAAAGAAAAAAAAAAUUGUUUUAGGAGUCACAAGAUUUUACGUUCUUCAAUUAUUUCAUCAGAUAGUAAGAAAAUGAAUCCAUUUGAUCCUAUUCAUAUAUUUAAAAAUAUGUUUUGCAAAAAUAAAAAACAAAAUCCACAAUUCAAUCAUAGUGAUAUGUUUUAUACUUAUCAACAUAAUGAUAGCAUGGAUAAAUAUGUAAAUAAAAUUCUAAAGAAUAUUAUAAACAAGGAGAAAUCUCCUUUAAAUAAUUUAUCUAAAAAUUAUCAAAGAAUAGAAGCAUUAUAUAAUAAAAAAUAUAAAAUAUUCAUAAGUGAUAGUAAACAAAUUAUAAAUGGUAGAACAUAUUUUAAAAAUAAUAAAAAUGAAUAUAUCUUAAGUAAUUAUGAAAAAGAAAUGGGACUCUAUGAAUUCUUUGAAAAAUAUUUGAAAAAAGAUGUAGAAAAAGUCGAUAAUGAAAAGGGUCAGUCUGAUAAACCUUCAGAUCAAAACAUAGAAGGAAUUUAUAAUUCUACACAGAAACAUUUUCUAGAAAUUCAAAAAAGACAAGAGCAUGAUUCUGUAAAUGAAUUGGUGGGCAUAAUCAAUGUAGAAGAACAAGAUAUAAAAAAUGAUAAGCGUUACAAUCAGGAUGAUAUUGUAUGUUUAUCGGAUGACCAAAAUUAUGUUCAUGAAGAAAAUGAUGUAAUAUGUAUUGAUAAUAAUAAUAAUAAUAAUAAUAACAGCAGCAAUAUUUAUAAUAAUAAUAAUAAUAACAGCAACAAUAUUUAUAAUAAUAAUAAUAAUAACAGCAACAAUAUUUAUAAUAACAACCAUAUUUAUAAUAAUGAAGGUGUAUUAUUUUAUGCUUAUAACAAAGAAAAUAAAAACCUAAUAAAACUCAAGGAAGGUGACAACUUAUAUAUAAAAUUUUGCAGUAGUUCUAAUGAUUAUGAUAAAAUAAAAAUAUUAAAACAAGAAACCAUUUUAUUUAUUUUGAUAUAUAUAAUGCAAAAUAAAGAAAAGCCAACUUUAUCAGAUAUAUGUAAUUUUUCACCUGACCUUUUUUGGAACAUGUGCUUAUAUUUUAAAGAUAAUAUUAUGAACAUUGAUCCUGAUUUAGUAAAGAUUCAUAAAUUUUUGUCAACAGAUAAAGGUGAAGAAAAUGGUUAUCAUAGGUAUUCAUCUAAACGAAUAAAUUACUGCGAAAAAAGAAAAAGAAGGAAGAAUAAAGAACCAAUGGAAAUUAUGAAAUUAAAGGAUAAUGUAGCAUUUCUAGAUAAAUUUCUUCAAAGCAUAAACGAAAAAAAAUUGAAUAAAUUAAAAGAAAUUCAAUCCCAGAACUUUGAAAAUUAUGAAUUACAUAGAAAUAUUAAUAGCUUAAACAAACAACAACUAAUUAACUUAUUUAUAGAUAAAGAAUAUGAAAUUAAUCUUAUUCCUUUAACACUUUUAAAAGAGAAAUGUAGAAAUAUUAUAUAUGAAGAAAAUUUAAAAAUGAAUAUGUGUGCAUGUAUAAGAGUGAUUUUUGAUAAUAUAAAAGGAAGAUGUAUAUAUGCCGCAAGCAAUAUGUAUAAACUCGAUUUUAUUUGCGAAUAUGUUGGAGAUGUAUUGACAUAUAAUGAAGCUAUGAAAAGAGAAGAAAAAUAUAAAAGAAAUACAAAAAAAGGAUGUUUCAUGUUUUAUUUUAAAUAUGAUAAUAAAAUAUACUGUGUUGAUAGUACCAAAGAAAGUGUUAUAGAUACAGAAAUAAAUAAUAAUAAGAAGAAAAAAAAAAAACUUCUUAAAUCAUUUGCUAGGUUAGUAAAUCAUUCAAAAAAAAAAUCUAAUUUAAUUCCAAAAGUUUUGAAAGUUGAUAAUAAUCCUAGGCUCUUCUUCGUUGCUUCACGUGAUAUAAAAGAAGGAGAAGAAUUGCUUAUUGAUUAUGGAGAAAGGGACAAGGAAAUCAUAAAAGACAACCAAUGGUUAAAAUUUUAA